CACCACCACCACCAAGUGUGUUUCCACCAAGUGGUACAUACCGGGUACCACCAAACUCAGUCUUUGAAAUUAUCUACGGCACUAUGGAGAAUGGGGAACCAAGUAUUAUAUACAACGGGACGGAAAUCACGGACAGCAAUGAUGAAGCGUAUCGCCUGUUGAAAAACGAGAGCCUAGAUUGCACCAGGAGUCUGGUCCACUUGAGCAUCCUAAUCUUGGAUGAUACCGAUGUGACGUUCACAGAAUCCAAUUUGAAUUACUCGAUCGAACCCUAUGAUACUUACACGGAUAAUGAAGCUUAUCAAAGAUGUGAAGAAUGGGAAGAUGCCAACGAAGUUCAUUUAUCCUUAAAUGAGGAAUAUGCCUGCAAGAAUGCCUCAUCUGGGGCAGUUGGUUCCUUUAGUUCGAACAUUUUGUCGAAAAAGAAACUAGUCCAGAAUUAUGAAACCUGUGCAUACAACGACUGUACAUACAAGGCCUGUACAGACAGCAAUAAUUACAUCUAUGGAUGCAGUCCCUAAAAAGUCUGGUUCAAAUAUGACAUGGUAAAUCGCAGCAUUUUUUCGUUUUUAUUUUUAUAAAGCCUGGGUAAUAAUAUGAUUGUAGGGCCUUCAGGGAGAACGGUAAUAUUGAUGAGGCUAACUUGAGUAAACAAGACAUAUUAUUGUUACAUGAUUUUUAUCAUUAUUUUGUUAACGUUUAUGUUUAUUUUAUUUCCAGGAACUUUAACGAGUAUACAAAUAUUAAACAUAGAAUUCAAGAAAACAAAGAACAAUCAUUAAUACAAUAACAAAGAAAUGAAACCAUCAACUAAUGCCCAUGGAUUACUAAAUGGAAAUUUAAUUUCUGAAUCCUUGUUGGCUUAUGGUAUGAUGUACAUAUAAUACGCAUUACAUUUAUGUAUUUUAUAACACAUACCUCAGUGAAUACGCUUAGGACCUCCAAUGUACAUGGUUGAGGUUGCCUUUUAUUGUUUUGUUUGAAUUUUUUUAAACGCUGUGGUCUGUCGUUUCAUAUGUAUCUGAACGAGCCUCAAGGAAUCAUAGGAUUCCUCACGAAUCAUGGGAUACCUCAAGGAUCAGGGGAUUUGCCAAAUGCUUCUAACCCGUCUGAAUACAUAGUAGAACUAAAAAAAGGGAAGUAUCGUGUAUUAAUUUAGCCUUUUCAAGAAUGAAUUAUGUGAUUUAUUUUGAUUAAGGGAGGGGUACUUCCUCUCCUGUCUUCUACAGAUAACGACUAG